AUGCUUCAGAUACAAAUAGAACUUUUUUCACCAGGCCAUCCAACAUUUGCCAAUACAUACCAAAAACUAGGUGUUGCACAUUACAAGCAAAAAAAGUUCAAAGACGCACUAGAGUGGUGUUUCAAAGCUUUGCAUUUACAGCAAGAAGUGCUUCCACAUGAUCACAUUGAUAUUGCGACGACUUAUAAUAAUCUUGCAUUGGUAUGCAUUGCAGGAAAUGACUUGGAAAGAGCAAUCGCUGGUCUUGAAAAAGCUCUUGAAAUACGACUGAAAUCAUUACCAGGAGAUCAUCCUCUUCUACACGAGACUUAUGGUAAUUUAGCAGUCGCAUAUCGAGAUCAGAGAGAUUAUGAAAAAGCAGAAGCUGCAUUUAAGAAAAGUAUCAAUAUCCAAUUAAAACAAAAACUAAUAAAUCAUAGCAAAAUAGCUGACACCUACAAUGGCCUAUCGCAAGUUUACCACGAACAAGGGCAUAUUGAUGCUGCAAUAGAAUGCCUUGAAAAAGCUUUACAUAUACAUGAAAAAUGUCCCUCGCCAAACGUUGAAAUAUUAUCAAUCACUUACAAUAGAUUAGGAGCUGCACUUUACUUGCAAUCCAAAUUUGAUAAUUCAUUAGAAAUGUUCGAGAAAGGUUAUGAAAUCGAUUUAAAACUAAAUCAAACUAAUCAUAUCAGACUUAUUCCGUCUUUGGACAAUAUUUCGCACGUUCAUUGUGUACUAGGUAACUACGAUAAAGCUAUUGACUGUCUUAAACAAAUCCUUACUAUUUAUAUUCAUUCACUUCCGCCAAAUCAUCCAAAUUUUACUAUAAUUUACAUCAAAUUUACGGAGUUGUUCUUCAAACAAAAAAAGUUGAAAGAGGCACUUUAUUAUGCACGACAGAAAUAUAAUACGGAUCUAAAGAGUUUAUCUUCUGAUCAUUAUCAACUAAAAAACGAUAUAAAUACAGUCGCCGUCUUGGAAAUUCUUCUGUGGUACGAGCUUCGAAGAAACGAUUCAAAGUUGUAA